AAAGUAGUUAAUUAGGGAGGAACCGCGAUAUUAACAGCACGGGCUUAAGCACGAGCACGGCAACGUGAAUAAUCAUAACUGUUGAAAAAUGUCGUUUUAUUACGAAAGAAAACUACAUCCUCGAAAUGUUUAACUGCUAACGGGCGAUUUGACAAGAUUAUGUGUUGUUCAAAUGGGCAUGCUACUGAGCCCGAAUUGACACACCAUACCAGCAGCAGAUACUCAGCAACCAAAAUCGUUUGGUUUUAAACAAGUUUCAAGUUUGAUGAUUAACGUUUUCCCCCGCCGUUCGAAAUUUACUCCCGGGCCAGGCCUCGAGGCCAUCCGUCUGCAAAAGAGCCGAUAAGUGCAUCGGGCGUGAAGAAAAUGUGACAGUCGUUCUUCGGAUUUUGUAGGCAAAUAACACUUGUGUGGAAAAACAGCUGCGAGAAUCCACUUGCGCGCGAAGACGGAGGUGAACCCCGUUAUAUCGACCGGAGUGCUUGCCGAGAUUGGAACAAACAAGUGGGGGGAGCCGAGGCUAGCUGUUUCAUCUCCGUUCCUGUGAAGGUCAUUGCGCUAAUGUCUGCCGCUGCUUUCACACUGCCCCGCAAUAAUUAUAGUGAACGUGUUGGAGCCAGUGGCUUGGACAUACCCCUACAGCGCCCUCUCCCGGUCGAAACGGCAUUAUCUUGUGUUGCACAAUCGUGUGUUGCACAAUCGUGUGUUGCACAAUCGUGUAUUGCACAAUUUUGUGUUUCUUUUGGCAUGACAGAAAAGAAUACCAAACGUUCUUCUUUUGUGGUCUCUGUUUUCUACAUUCAAAGCGAGGAAUGAUAUUUAUAGACACAUUUUAAGCUAUCAAAAGCUAAAAUUCUUAUCAUCCCGGCCAAUCUAUGGACGCUGUCACAGUUACGUCGUUAUAUAUUUCUAUGUGUUGCUCCACAUUAUGCUUUCGCCUUCAAUCUUUUAAUGGUAACGACUUCAAUGCCAUCAUAGUAAAAUUGACGUACUUUAUUCAUUUUUUUGCAGAAUCUAGGUCUGUAGCUGAAGGAUCUGAUUUGAAUCAUGGCUGUCCGGCUACAUGGAUUAACAACAGCUCGAGAUACGACUGGCCACGGAAUCCGGCCAUACCACGUACUCUUGGAGAUGUUUGAGAACGUAGGCUCCCCUGAGCGAGACGCAGACGUCGAGGAGGGUUACACGAACUACACGGUGGCAGACAACUUGGAGCAGUAUUCUGAGAGCUCAUCUGAUAUCAGUCUGGGUAGCUUCGUGAACAACAUUAUCGAGGACGGGGCUAAAGAUGACGAGGGAAGCAUGGACUUUCUUAAUCCGCAUAGCAUCCCCGCCCGAGCUGUUUUUAUUACACUGUACACAAUCAUUGCCAUAAUGUCCCUACUGGGCAAUUCACUCGUUUGCCUCGUUGUUGUGCGCAACAAACGCAUGCGCAGUGUGACAAACUUUUUCCUGGCCAAUCAGGCGCUCUCAGAUAUGCUUAUGACUAUCCUGAACAUCCCGUUCAUUGCAUACAACCAGCUUGCCGGAAACUGGCCUUUUGGCUUCCUCAUGUGUCACCUGGCCGACUAUAUGGGCAUGUCGUCUGUCUAUGUGUCAACUUUUAUGCUGACGGCCAUUGCACUGGACCGCCACAGUGUCAUCAUCCAUCCGCUUCGGCCACGAAUCACAAUGAGAACGGCCAUAGCCAUAGCCGUGUUGAUUUGGGUGUUGGCAAUGUCACUGUCCAUCCCAUUUGCAAUCUACCGUGAACUCCAGGAGCGCCCGUCGAACAAAGAUCAUGUUCUGUGUUUAGCCAACUACCCUGGCGAGGACCACAACUUUACCAAGUACUUCACGCUGGCCACGUUCAUUUAUCAAUGUGUGGUUCCACUUGCCUUGACCUCGGGAGCCUACCUCCAUAUUGGCAUGAAGCUAUGGGCUCAGGCCUCCAUUGGUGAUGUGAUUGCCCAACAGCGAGCUGCCAACAACCAGACGAAGCACCGCACCACACGAAUGCUUGUGCUGGUUGUGGCUGUGUUUGCCUUGUGCUGGUGUCCGAUCAACGUCUACUUGUUAGUGAGCAACUUCUGGCCCGACAAGAAGAGCUCCAUUCUCUACUUGUCACUCCACUGGUUCGCCAUGUGCAGCGUCUGCAUCAACCCGGUCGCCUUUGCCUUCCUCAACAAGAACUUUCGCAGCAAUCUGAAGGCCUCGUUCCACUGCUGGUUCAAGAACGCCAGCCUGAAGAGUCGCCACAGCAAGAGCUUCGGCCGUACAACGGACCUCAACGAAAACUCACACACGGCAGAUAGACCCACUAAUGGUCAGACUCGCUAUGAGUAUGUGACGACACGCACCGGAGGCUCCGCUGGUACAAGUUGCAACGGUUCGCCGGGUGCCACAUGCGAAACGUACCAAUUGGAAGUGAAGCUCUCAUGUCCGGACGAGUUGGCGGACGAAAUCGUAGAGAACAAAGUCUGAAGAGGUUGCUAGGGCUAGGGGCCACUCCACCUGCCUUGGAGAAUGACAGGUGCAGGCAAGUCG